GUGGACGGCCGUCGGUCUCUUCCGUGCUGAGCCGUGAAUCAGAAUCCGUGUCCCCGUCUGAUCCGUGGACCAGGAAAUUCGAUUUCCGUGUAGUGGUGACAGGAACAAAUUGAAGGCAGGAUCGAGUCUUCUCGGCUACGGCGUCGGUCAUUUGGAAGCUGGAGACUCCGGGACAGGGGCAACUAGCGCCGCCGGCAAGCUGCCAUGGAUUUUCUGAUGCAGCCAAUCAGCAGAUUCAGAUCCAGUCUGCUUGAGGAGGUAGGGGAUAGCUUGGUGCCGGCUCCUGUGGCUGUCAAUCUGGAAGUGGCACCGAAGGCGGAGCGGGAGGCGGCGCAGCAGCUGACGGUGGAUAGCGGCGAAGCACAAAUCUUGUUGGCGGAGGAGGUGGCGGCGAACAGAAGGGAGGGCUCGCCGCCAACGUCGGAGCUGUCGACGGGGAAGAUGAAUCCCCAAGCACCAGGGUGGAACAAAAGGCUAAGGGUUGGUGUUGCUGCCCCCAUCAGAACACCGUGCCCACCUCGUGCGAGUGCGUUUGAGAAGGCAGUCAGGUGUUUCGCGAAGAACCCAUCUGAAAAUGUGAUCACACCGUUUCUUAACGGUACUUUCGACUCUGUGGCCGAGGUGUAUGACUUCUACAACUUGUUUUCGUGGGAGAAGGUUUUGGCAUCCGGUAUGGCAAGAGAUGGCUAAAUGUCAAGAGGACAGAGUGCAUGCAGGAGAUAGUUUGUGGGUGCUCGGGUAAAGCUGGGGUCGACAACACAAGGUCUUGAGUGCCCUGCUCUGGUUAGACUUUUACGAGCAGAGGAUAACAGGUGGUACAUUGUACCACAUAGAGACAAUCAGAAAUCUCGACGGGGGAAAUGAACCCUCAAGCGCCAGGAUGGUCUAAGAGGUUCGUUCUGAUUUUGCACGGAACAAAUCUCGCGUUGGUGUGUGUGGUCUUGCUUGUGUUGCUUGUUUAUUUAUUAAUUUGGGAUACUUAGUAAACAAUGUUUAUCAUACGGAUGCAAUUACCAAUAUGAUAAAUUGUGCAAUCAAUCCAUUUGGCAUGACAAAGGUGAUGUUGAGAUAUGUA